AUCAGUGCGGAGAAUUUACGUGAGGUGAGUAAUGUUUUAUGUCCAUGUCGCACCUACUCCCAUAACAAUUGGGAACUGUACUCUCGAAAUUGUCGACGAGUACGUCUACGUCGGACAAAGAAUCCAGUUAGGCAGGUCCAAUUUCGCGAAAGAGGUCACUCGUCGAAUCCAACUCGGAUGAGCAGCGUUCGGGAAGCUCCGUAAAAUCUCGUCCCAAAUACCGCAGUGUCUGAAGUUGAAGGUUUUCAACCAGUGUGUAUUGCCAGUGAUGACUUACGGUACGCAGACGUAGUCGCUAACUAUGGGCCUUAUGAGAAAGCUCAUGGUCGCUCAGAGGAUAAUGGAGAGGGCUAUGCUCGGAGUUUCGUUGCGAGAUCGAAUCAGAAAUGAGGGAAUUCGUAGGAGGACCAAAGUCAUCGACAUAGUCCAAAUUAUUGUGAAACUGAAGUGGCAGUGGGCAGGGCACAUAGUUCGACAGACAGAUGGCAUAGCCCUUGGGGUAGUAAAGUCCUCAAAUUGCGACCACGUACCGGAAGACGCAGUGUUGGUAGGCCCCCCACAAGAUGGACCGACGAUCUGGUCAAGAUCGCUGGAAUACGUUGGAUGAGGGCAGCACAGGACCGAUCGUCGUGGAAGCUUUGGGGUAGGCCUUUGUCUUUUGUAGUCGUCUUCCGGCUGAUGAUGAUGAUGAUGAAGUAAUGUUUUUAUGUACCUUGAUUAUGACUCUGAACAAGCUGGCAGGUAGGCAUGCGAUCGUAGUACAUACUAACACUACUCAAUCGUCCACAUUUCGUUCCUUAGAAAAUACGUUAUGUCUGGUGGCAAAAUGUUUAUUAUGUAAAUGUUAAUUAUUUCAUAAUGUCACAGUCUUAAAUCAUAGCGAAGUGACUAGAGCAGUAAAUGUUUGUCCGGGUUUGAAUUUGUGUUACAAUUAUGGAACUGUACAUUUCGGGGCUUAGAGUCGUUUACAAGAUCAUUCACUAUUUAAUUUUGCUACCAUACGAUGCUAAAUAGUUGCCCUGAGUAAUUGUAAUGAUUAGAUAGUAUUAUUUUUUUCAACCCAUCUAUUCGAGACCGACGCGGUUCGCCUUUAAGUGCACACAAAGGUAGUGUUUUCUAAAAGAAACUUUUAGCGGGCAGUGAUGAGUUUUUUAACCCUCUUUAUAACAUGCCACAAGAAAUUGGUACUUAUUUGAAGUAACCAGAUAUCAAGCUGUAUACAGACAUUGUUUUCGUUGUUCUUCUGCUACCCUUUUGGCAGAUUCUGGAGCGGAUUUAAAUGUUCUCAAGCGACAUGGAGGAUGGAAGUCGAGUGCUGUAGCAGAGGGGUAUAUAGGAGAUGCCAUUGAGAACAAGGCGAAAACAUUUGAACGCAUUGUGGAAUACAUUAUAUUGCAACCUUCAGUUAAUCCAUCCAUUCCACUGUCACCGUGCCUAUCUACAUUCAAACAACGAGAUUCACUUUCCUCAAAAUAAGCAAGAUUCAGACAUUAUUUCAAACACGUAGAAUAUAAAAUGUGCAACAAUCUCUAUUUGCGAAAAUGUCUCAAAUGUGAAUAUAAGUUUUUAGAGACUGAGGGUUUGCUGGUUAAAUAAAACAACUGCUGACGAUUCUUGAGUAAAAUGAGGAAUAUAUAUUUCGAUUCAGCUGGCUAUGGAUGCGGUAUUCGACACUUGCAGAUGGGCUGCAUGUGUCUGACGAUGAUCGCUCUCUUCAUAGCGCGCGGCAGCAUGGGUGUCGCAGUACUCGCUAUGACGGACACCAGGCGGAACAAUUCUAAAAUAGAGGUAUAUGACUGGGACAAGAAGACUCAAGGCCUGAUACUAUCGUCGUUCUUCUGGGGUUAUAUUUUAAUGCAGAUUCCAGCCGGCAUCAUCGCCCGGCGGUACGGCGGGAAGCCCGUGAUGCUGUUCUCUUUACUGGCUAACGGAUUUGUGUGCGGACUCCUUCCUUCACUAGUGAAAGUUGGUGAUUGGAAAAUUGUGUGCGCAUGUCGGAUGGUGAUGGGGCUCACGCAGGCAUGCCUCUUUCCCGCCAGUCACACCAUGCUGGGCCGCUGGCUGCCGGCCCAUGAAAGAACUUCAUACACAGGAAUUGUCUAUUCAGGUCCACAGAUAGGCAUCAUGAUCGGCAUGCCACUAUGCGGUAUCCUGUCGGCCACUGCCAUGGGAUGGAAGCUCAUCUUCUACACGAUAUCAGCCAUCAUGUUUCUUCAAGCGGCCGUCUGGUGGUACUUCGCUGCAAGUACUCCCGGUGACCACAAGAUGAUAAGCAAGCCUGAAAAAGAAUAUAUUGAAAAGGCCCUAAACACUGCCCGUCCAAAGAAAUUUCGGACUCCGUGGCGUUGCAUCCUUACAACAAAAGCGUUUUGGGCGGCAUUGGUCGCUCACUCUGGGUGUUCAAUGGUGUACGUGUUAUUCUUCACGGACAUGGCCACCUAUCUGGAGAGAGGACUGCACAUCAGUUUGAGUAACAGCGCGUCGCUGUCUGCGCUGCCGUACAUCGGGAUGUUGGUAGGGAACGUGGCGACAUCUAUGGUGUGCGAGAGGUGGUACAACAAGGGCACGCUACGAAUGGUUACUCUAAGAAGACUGUUUAACUCAUUAGGUGUGGUCGGGGCGACGGGCGGAUUGCUCGCGUUAUCCUUCGUGGGCGGCGAGCGCCCGACCGCUGCCAUCGUGAUCCUGGUGGUCAUGCACACCAUGUGCGGAUGUUUUUCAGCUACUUUUACGAUGAGCUACCUGGACCUCUCUCCGAACUACGCCGGGUUGAUGUUGUCCAUGGGUAACUCAACCACAACCAUUGGAGGAGUUCUAUCGCCUAUCUUAACAAGUAUCAUUUUAAAUAAUGACCCAACUGACCUGGCAAGAUGGCGUAUCGUAUUUCUCCUGACGGCAGCAGUGGGUGUGAUCAGCAACAUCGUUUACGUGCUGUUCAUCAGCGCUGAUCUGCAGGAAUGGGAUGAUCCCAACUACCGCGAGAAGAAGAAGGGCGAUCCGGAAGGAGUCAAGCCACCACUUUUAUCUGACGAAAAAAUAUCUUUUAAGGAAAUACUAAACAAAGAUGAAGACUGAUAUUGAUAAUUCGUAUUUUAGUAAUUGUAAAAUAAUAUUAAUUAUAAUAUAACAA